AUGACGUCCACAAAUGAAAAUUGUGAAGACGUUGCUGAAGCUAGAGAACGGUACCUUCGUUUCAUGGGAAAUGCGGCUGGGAGUAAUGUGACUGUGUUGAUGCAUGAGAAGACGAGUGUGAACGGCGUGCUGGUGGCGAUGAAAGGAGAUGGCAGUCAUUUUAUCGUCGAUCAACUCAAAACACCGAUUGGUAUUAUGGAUAGCGCAGUGCUGAGAACUGCUGAUACAAUUAUGAUGACUUUGGAUUGGAAUGACGUAAAUCGACACCACUGA